CAAUAAAUGUCCGAUCUCUGUCAAGUGUAGUUAACACUUUUCCAAUUUUUAUCUGUCUCCAAUGGAAACAAUCGCAGAUCGUAGAUGAUAAUGAUUAUCAUUUUGUCAAUUGACUUGCAAGGCUGAAGGCUCCGAGCCAGUCCGAGCUCUGAGUUAGUUGCAGCUGGAAUCUAGACCAAGAUUUACUAUGUGUCAUGUCACAACGCACUAAAGUUAUUAAUUUGUACAAAACGCUGUUGUACAUGGGCCGAGAUUAUCCAACGGGAUAUCAAUAUUUCAGAACCAAGCUAAAGAGAGCCUUUGACAAAAAUAAAACGGAGACUGAUCCCGAAAAGAUAAAUAAGAUGAUAAGUCACGAAUCUCAUAAAAUGGCCGCUUGCGUAGCUGUUAUUGGCAAAGAUAACUCUCCAAAAUUUAUUAAAAUAUAUCAGUGCACGGACGAAGCUGCUGGGUUGCAAUUUCAUUACAAAGUACACACGUCAAUUGAUAUUAUAGAGGAAAAGCUGAACGUAGGGAAUAAAACGACGGUUGAUAUACGCGACUUAUACCUAGGCUUGUUAUUUGCGACUGAAGAAUAUAAAAUAUAUGGCUAUGCUACGAAUACAAAGAUUAAAUUUGUCAUAGUAUUACAAUCGUCCAAUGUAUCAUUAAGGGAUAACGAAAUAAAAAUGAUUUUCAAGAAGUUACAUGCUGCAUAUUCCAACGCUGUUUGCAAUCCAUUUUACAUUCCAGGUGAUGAGAUAAAGUCCAAGUCAUUCGAUACAUCGGUGCUGGAAAUAAUGGGUGUUAUAUAAUAUUUUACAGAGAUAUUUAAAAAAUGCACUUCAUCAUCGCAAGAUGUAAAAUUCUCAUUACAUAAAAUGCUGUCUGUAACUGAUAAUAAAUAAUAUAUAUAAUAACUUAUAAAAC